CUAAUUCACUAAAAAAUGAAAAUUCUGUUAUCAUUUACUCUCAUUACCCUCAGGUUGUUUCAAACCUAUAUACAUUUCUUUGCUCUGUUAAACACAAAGAAAGGUAUUUGUAGGAAUGUUAGCCAUUUUCAGUUCUGUGACAUCAUCCACUACAAUAGUAGGAAAAAAUAUUGUAUCUUUUAUUUGUUCUGUUGAACACAAAGUGAGACAUUUUGAAGAAUUUAGGGACACAAUAGUUCUGGGGCACCUUUGACAACUGUUUCAUUUUCCUACAAUGGCAGUCAAUGAUGUCACAGAAUUGAAAAUUGCUCACAUUCUAUCAAAUAUCUUUCUCUGUGUUCAUCAGAACAAAGUAAUUUAUACAGGCAUGUAAUGACAUGAUGCUGAGUGAAGGAUGGCAGAAUUUUCAUUUUAGGGUGAACUAUCACUUUAACAUCCUCUUAUCAUCAAUUUCCUUGUUUUGAGGACUUUUAUUAUGCUUUUUGUCACUUUAUGACAAAAAGCGGAAGAAAUGUGUGCGCAUGCGGUUUACAAAAUAAAACACUUUAUGGAACAUUUACUUCGUUGUCUACCCUCGAUUUGUUUGUAAUCUAAGCUAUUGUUACUAUAAAUAAGUGCAACUUUUCCCCAGGUCACACACAAGGUUUGUGAAUAAAAGUGUAACUGGCCAAUACGUGAAGUUAUUUGACUUUUAUGGUCAAUGUCCUGUCAUGUCAUCAUUUCUGGCGUUACAACUGCUCUUGACAUUUGGAUUAGCGAUUUUUGCUAAUGAAGCUAAAGGAUUUAAUGAAGAACGGGAUCCUGAGCCUCCGGACUGGAGAAAGACUUUAAAAAGCAUCCGGAACGGGAUCCAUGGGAUAGACAAAUACCUUAAUUUUGCUAUGGACAUGAUCGGAGGUUCAGAUGGACAGUGUCGAUACAAGUGUAGUGAUGGGUACACACCAAUUCCUCGCCCUAACUACAAGCCACCUCCACCCAAUGGAUGUGGUUCACCAGUAUUUGGAUUUCAGUUUGAUAUUGGGAUCCCAUCUAUGACCAGAUGUUGUAAUGAGCAUGAUAACUGCUAUGAUACCUGUGGGAAAGAAAAAAAAUACUGUGAUAACCAAUUCCAAGUCUGCCUUCAGUCUAUCUGUAGGAAUUUCCAAAAUACUCUAGGCUUGUCUCAGGGUGUACAAGCCUGUGAAUCAGCAGUGACUUUGCUCUUUGAUGCUGUCAUGCACUUGGGAUGUAAACCUUACCUGGAUAGCCAAAGAACAUCUUGCAUUUGUCACUAUGAGGAGAAGCCUGAUCUGUGAACAGUAAACAUUAAUCAUGAAGUCUGCUUGUUAUUGUUUUAAGAUACUACAGUGCUGAAUAAAACAUUUUUUCAGAUUCAUGUUAAUCAGAAAAACCUUCAACUUUCAGUAAAAACUGUUAGUCAUACCUUUACUUUAACUUAAGUUUUAUUAAUAACUUUAAUUUGAGCUUUUGUUCAGGUUUUAUUAUUUCAUUUUAAACAUGGAGUAAUCUAUCCAAAUAAACUUUAUUAAAAAGUGCAGCCCUUAAAACAUUGACCGAAACAUUUUUUGUGUCACAAUUUGCUUAACAAACAUCAAAAUGCCAGAUUAACUUUCCCAUCACCAAUUUAUUUUAUAGACUCGUGUUGUUAGUUUUAUGGAAAUGUUUGUGGUUGUACCUAUUAAAUAUUUGUUUUACUUUUCCUGUUCAUCCUUUUAUUUUUUUAAUAAAUAAACAACACUGACAGUAAUUUGACAACAAAUAAAUUAUUUUUAUUUUUA